AUGGGUUAUAUCACGAGAGUGAACUUUAACGUUCUUGGCCUUGACUGGCUCGACAAGUUUGUUCUAAAGCUGACACCCCAUCACACUCAGCAGGUAGACUUCAGCGCGAGUCACUCUUCUUCCCGAGUGAAGAAUUCCAUCGUACAGAUAAUCAUGCGUAAGUUGACAGCCAUCAAAUACCCAGGCACUGAAGGCGUUGUGGUAGCAUCAAUCUGUGGUGAGGACCCAACCUCGAACCAAUUUAUCUAUGCUAUUCUAACACUCUCAGUGACGGUCGCUGAAGUUGGGCAGACAACAAAGUCCGAUGACCUUAAACUGCCACCCCAACCUUUUGACUCACCAUGCAUGGCCAAAGACCGACAGUGGACAACUGGAGAGAGUGGAGCAAUAGUGAAUUUACUAAGGGAGGUGGAGACUCCCGAUACCUCACAAAGCUUUCUACCAACAUACUGUUUGAACGAGUUGAAGGGCUGA